AGCGGAGCUAUUUCUUGCACCAGAAAUGUUGCUGAAUCAUAGAUAGAUUGAACUGGAAAAGAUGGCAGAGUCGGCCGAAAUGGACGCUUUCGACCGGGGAAUGAAUCCCCUCGAUUUCAUUCCCGAAGACGUAUCGGGCGGAGAUGGAUCGAUUCUGGAACUGGCUCCGAACCCAAGCAAUGCUGCCAGUGCCGGAGGAAGGAGGUAAGUUUUUGUGUAGUAUCUGUGCUCUUCGGUCCAUUUAUUUUGUCGUCUUGAUGUUGGAAUGCGAAUGUAGAUGUACGACCUUCUGCAGAUGAAUUACUUAUGCGAUUUCUCCUGCUAGCUACGUCUACGAUUAGAGUAAUUGCACUUUCUUAUUACAUUAGCCUAACUCACGAGAAAAAAGAAUACCUUGAAUAUCUCCAGGGUGCCGCAAGACUGGGAUCGCAUGCGGACCCUGGAUGCUUUCGUGAAGCAGGUCGGGCGUCCACUUACCGCAAACAGCUACUUCGAUCAGAACCAUGGUACUAGAUGAUGUCAAUACUUGAAGAUGGACUUUGACUCGUUGCUUUAUUUCCGUUUGUCUUUUCAUGCCUCUCAUCUAUCACAUCGUGUGCAUGACACAAAAUUAAGACCGCGAGGGACAGACCAAGUAUUUUCAUUUUGUACAAUCCCGGUCCUCCACCUCCACAGGUCUCGCGGUCCCAAAGUUUGACGUCCACAAAGCCGGCGUCAAGCAGAGCACCGCGGGUCCGUCCGACCCCCGGCCGGACACCGCGCGCCCUCGGUUACAGACCGUGUUACCGCUCGCGCGACCCCAAUCAAACCGCGUGGUGCGUGCGGUGCAGUACAGCGCGACCGAAAAUAAGGAGGCUCGGCCGCAUUCCGCCGCGUACUCGGCUACCUCGGGCGUCGUGGGCUACACGCCGGCUUCGCAGAAAAACGCGAGCCGCCCCCAAUCGUCCACGGUCAACGUGGCAGGCGGAGCUUUUCCGAGUGAUAGUUUGGGGAAAAACUUUCCGUACCAAAUGGGCUCUCUGGCUUUGAACCAGCGACCAUUUUCUGCCGAAGCGGCGUUUGGUGUGGGGGGAGAUCUGAGCCCGAGCAGCAAAGUUUUCGGCGGAAACUUUUCAAAUGGCGGCGCUGUUGCUGGAGAACACAUGGAAAUGAUACAAGACCAAAAGGUACUGUGGAGAUACGAAUUAGACGUAACAAGUCUUAACCACGCCUCCCAUGCCGUUCUGUAUUCUGUCGACGAUCUUCAUGCUAUGAAUCUAUAAUUUUUUUGAUGAAAAUGAAGAAGGUAUUUUUGCCGUAAAAACCGUAUGCAAUCGCAAUCAAAACGUUCAGGCGUUUUCCGCGGCUCUGCAAAUGAACACGCGGGACGUGGAGAAUGCAGAGCAGGUCCCUUCGAUGCUAGCGGACAUGGUUUUGCUACCCGAGGGCUUCGAGAACCCGUUUUUUCCGCCCGGGCCGGAGCAUCCUUCGGCAACGUUAUCUCGCGGAAUGGAGUCUGCAGCGGUAAAGAAUCGGGAUUCUAUGUUCAACAACACUUAUGACGAAGCGGGAAAGGAUUCCACGUCUCGGUUCACGCGCAAUCCGAAACUCGGUGUGGCGUUCGCCAACCACAAGGGCCCGACCAGCGUGAUCGACAGUGCCGUCUACAACACGGACACCCGGGAUCCGAACCGCACGCUGUCCCCGGAGCGCUCAACCUCCCCGGAGCACGGCAUUACGGAAAGGUCCAAGGACCACCGUCCGAACAAUUUGACGAGGUGCGUGAAGGCAACCGCCAAUAUGCCGCCCGCGGACCUGCCCGGGAGCGUGCACUUCGGCAGCCGGGAGACGGGAAGCGCGCCAGGACGGGCGAGGACCCGACCACACAGUGCAUUCAUGAACCGGACGGAAUUGCUGAACACGGUGUACCAGAAUAGUUCCUCCCCGUCCAAACCGCAAGAGGAACUGGUCGUCGGAACGUCAAAAGCCGCCGCCACAAGCAGCACCGCGCGGCAGCGGCGGGUGCCGGUUCCGCGGCCGGAUAGCUGCAAGUUCUCCAAGCAGCGCACGGGGCGCGUGGUGCUGAAGCCGCCAGACGACGUCGCCGCCAUCGACAUGUACGGGAACACCGUCUCGGGCUUCGACGACCGCAAUCUGAAGCUCGACUGGAAUGUAGGGUCGGUGUUGUACUUGAAGCAGCUGUAUCCUGUGCAAAAGUAUCGUACUCGUAGUUUAGUAAUUGCAAUUAUACAUUAUCACAGGGGUAAAUGAAUCACCUUACAAAUGAAUCACCAUACGGAAAAAAAAAACUUUCCAAGUACCGCAGUGCAUGGCCCGGCUCGCACGCAUAAGGAAGCGCCCAAUAUAUACAACCAAAUAACCUGAAACACAGCGACGCUCCUCAGGAAGGUCGCGCCUUUCUCGAUAAGGUUUGCGCUAUUUGGUUGGUGGCUACGGGGGACGAACGCAAUGGCCAUGAGUGGACGCUGGGGCCAUCGCGCCUGAAUAGCUUGCAAACAACUCGGGGGAAGCAUUCGCAACCCAAAAUACCAAGCACAAGCCCAUUGCUAAAGAUAGGAAAAGCGACACCAUAAAAAUGAAGUGAUUACACCUCCAUACCGUCGGGCGUAGCGUCCCGAGGGUGUCGGAUUUUCUGAAAAAAGCUCAACUUUUGCCAAAAAUUCAUCUUUUUCGAAGCAAAAAAAGAGGUGUAAUCACCUUGCGUUUUGUAGCUAUCAAUUAGCCCUAUGAUUCAUUUGACUCCUCCCGCUUCGAAUCUGCUUGAAUCACCCCUGCAAAAAGCCGCGAUUUUUGGCAUCAAAUUGAUGCCCGAAACACGUCUUUUUCGCGUCAAAUCACCCUAGCAGAUAUCAAGUGGGUUUGGCUUUUUUUCGUCUGAAACAGGCUGCUCAUCUCAAGUGAUUACACCUCCACUGUUCCACUUCUGCCACUUGGUAACAGUAGAGUAGGGCAAAAGUAAGAAUAGUGCGCCAGUAGCACCAUGCGGGGUAGCAUUAUGCACCACGGUAUGAUGCUUUGGGGCUGGUCUUGGGGUAUCUUCUAUGGCAUCUUCUGCGCACUACAUCUCGCAGCCUUCUCCUUACCAAAAUGCGACGCCUGGGGCUUUUGGUCGUAGCCUUCUCAAGCAUUCGCCCACUGCAAUCUACCGACCAGCUGUGUCUGGCGCGGGGAAAAAAGCUGCAGGCGCUACGGAAGUUGGGGACGCUCCGAAUUUUUUUUUUUUCGACCCUAUGAUUCUUUUGAAAGUGAUUCACUUGCUCCUUUGAUAUACAUGACAAGUUGCCCAUCUAUAGGCAAAUCAGCAUUACAAAUUGGGCUUUUCUUUUUGAAAAAAUUUGUAAUGCAAUUCAUACUAGUACGAUACUUUUGCACAGCAUAAGCUGGAGAAAUUGGACAAGGAAGGCGCAGAGAUGCGACACCGGCAGAAGAUGUUCCGCGAGCACGCGCUGCAGCGCAUGCGGGAGAAGCUAGCGACCGUGGGGCCGGUCACGAGCAGCUACGGGCUGGCGCAGCCCGAGCUGCUGACGCAUUCGGAAUCGUCGCCGUCACCGAAGAGGAAAAUGCCGGUCAUGAAGGGCAUGGGGAAGCACGGAGGUGGUGGAGCCACGACGAGUGUAAUUUCAUCGGGAAAAACCACCAGAAGUGCUAGGAAAAGAAGUACUUCGUCAACCUCUUCUGGAAGUGAUGGUGGUGGUCGUACCGGUGAACAACAAUUAUCGUCCAGCAGGCCAGGGACCGCCGGAUCAUCAAAGGGAAAGGGGAAGAACAAAUCACCGUCAGAGAUCGCGAAAAUGGUGAACGAAAUGAUCAUCACGCCGCCCAUUCCGCUGCACCUGAAAAGGGGCGCAAUUAAGGAGGCGAAGUCGAUCAAGCAAGAGCGUGCAAGAGUUCUCGCGGACCAGCAGAUGCUGCUUUCGAGAGAAAGGACGUGGCGGGGAGCAAAAGACCAGCGUUUGGAGCGGAAUGAGGACGCGGAGUCGAGUGAUGACGACGUCGGUGGCAGCACGGGGUUCUUCCUCCAGCAGCGCAAAACAGCAACCAAGGUGAUGGGGCUGAGUGGGAAGAAGUACGGGCGCACGGUCGUGCCGGGGCAGCCGGAGGAUGAAGACGAGAUCUGGCUCAGGAAGAUGCAGGCGGAAAAAGCCGGAACCAAGCCGGAUAUCAAUGGAAAAGGUAAGGCAGAAUUUUUCUGUCUCAUGCCGGGGUCGCGCGGGCGCACUGUCCUGCGGCACUACGACGAGAAAACGGGCAAAGAAGCCGAAGAGGAUCUUCCGCCAGAAGAAGCACCCGAGCCGGCGGAGCAAGACUUUCAAGUCUAUGCGGAUCAGGUUGACGAGGUACCCGAAGACGCCAUGGGCGACUUGGAAAAAUUCAGCGAGAUCCAGGAUGCCGGAAUGUUGCCAAAGGCGAUGGGCCCGAAGCCGAAAAAAGCGGGGAGUAAAACUGCAAAGGCCAAAGCGCAGUUGGCGUCUCGAACCCGCGGAACGUUUCGUUUGUAGAAACAAGCUUGCGAACGUGGAGGUGGACUACCUUUACUUUGGAUGCGAUGUGAUUUGUAUAGCAUUGAAGGCGGCUUUGAUUUUUUUCAACAGAGCAAGGCAAAAACAAAAGCGUAAAUGUAGGAUAUGAAGUUUCAGAUAAUACGUGUGUCACAUCGCGGUUGAGUUUCGCAAAACUUCACAAUGAUUCUUGCACUCUUGAGUAUACUAGAAUUGAUUCCAGAACAAGAAGACCGAUAUUGCUGCUGGGUUACAGUUGAUAUCGACUCUUGCACAUAUGUUGAACACCACCUGCUUGAGAAUAUCUGCAACACUUUGGCUCUUGAGCGUACGAAAACAAUAAAUAUUGCGACCUUUUAUGGAAGUCGUAUAUGCUGCUACACUUUGAU